AGGGGCCAUUCAUUCGUCCAUCAUUGCAUUUUCAAAAUCCUGUGACCACGCCUAUGUGCGUCAUCCAGAUCCUCAAUAAGCAAGAAAAUACCUAAAUAUGGAUACAGCGAAACCAAAUAUUGUGCAUGGGAACCAAACCUUAGUUCUAGGAGAGGUAGCUUAUAUGACCUCCAGGCUGGUCCUCAAAGCCCCCAAAAAAACAUGUUUAAUAAAGGCCAACACCAGAAAACGCCAUGAGACCGUUCCCGCUAAACGUGCACAACUCAAACAUCUUCCCCCAAGAUGAAAAUAAAGUUAAAGAAUUUCAAUAGUUAACACAA